CAUGUGUGUCUCUUCCUACUUCCUUCCUUCCUUCCUUCCUUCCUCUAGGAUCACAUUACAUUUUCCUUUUUGGUUUUAAUCAUCAGAAAAUAUACUUUCAUUUUUGCGAUUUGUUGCAUUAGUUUUUUGAGAUGGUUUAUCUCGACAUGAAGAUAGAAAUAGAGAGGGGAUUGCAAUGGAAAGGUCGAAACAAGAGGAUUGAACGUUUAAUGUCAAGGUCAGUCUCCAACAAAGAAUCCGGUGGUCCAAGUGAUCACAGUUUAGGAUCAAAGUUGAAACAGCCAAUGCAUUCCGGUGUUAUUGUUGAAGAUCGUGUGGAAGAUCAAAGCAUGGACCUUGAAUUGUACUGGGCUGCAACAAAAAACAAUGUUGAUGCCUUCAUUGAUGUAUUAGAACAAGUUUCAGUAAAGAAGGAACAAUCAUUACUGGCAAUUUUUUAUGAGGUAAGUCCCAUGGGAAAUACAUUGCUUCAUAUCGCGGCAAGCUUUGGAAACGAAGAGACUGUGGGGCUGAUAGCUUACCACUUUCCGCCACUUAUCAAGAAAAGAAAUUCUGAUGGAGAUACCGCAUUGCAUGUUGCUGCAAGAGCUGGACAAGAAUUAGCAGUGUCGAUUCUUGUUCAACUUGGAAAAGAUUUUGUGGAUUCGCCUUUUUUGUGUUCUAAAAAUGGUGGGAAAACUAAGAGAGAUGUUGAUUGGGACGAUAAUCUGCUUUUAAGGGUAAAGAAUGAAAAGGGCAACGUAGCCUUACACGAGGCCUUGAUGAACGGUCACCAAGUUGUAGCUUAUUAUUUGAUCGCGGUUGAUGCAGAAGUGUUAUAUUAUCUGAACAAUGAAGGGAAGUCAGCUUUGUGUCUGGCUGCUGAAGCAGGGUAUGUGGAACUUGUUACGCAUAUUCUGUGUGAUACAGUUGGGAUUGGAAACACAGAUGAAAGGAUUAAAGGGAAAUCGCCUAUUCAUGCUGCCAUUUUAACUAGAAACCGAGGUGUUUUAGAUGCCUUAUUGAAGUGGGAACCAAGGUUAAUUCGAUUAGUAGAUGAAGAAGGAAGUACUCCACUUCACUUGGCUGCAUAUUUAGGCUAUCUUGAAGAGGUUCAGUACUUGUUAGGAAGGGAAAGUUCACUUGCUGUUGCAAGGGACAACAAUGGCUUAUUUCCGAUUCAUUUGGCAUCAAUUAAAGGCCAUGUUGAUGUUGUCCGGGCGUUGCUUCAAUGUUGGCCUGAUUCGAGGGAAUUGCUGAAUUGUCGUGGUCAGAAUAUUCUUCAUGUUGCUGCCAAGAGCGGAGGACAUAACAUGGUCAGCUACAUUCUUCAAACUCCUGAGCUCGAAAAGCUUAUAAACAUGAGGGAUAAGCACGGAAACACUCCCUUGCAUUUGGCAACCAUGGAUUGGCACCCAAAGAUUGUCAAUCUCCUAACAUGGGAUCGCAGAAUGGACCUAAAAGUAUUGAAUAACGAGGGUAUGACAGCUCUUGAUUCUGCCGAACACUACAUGGAAAGAAUGCCCUCAUUUCGAAAGCGGUUAACAUGGACUGCGCUGAAGGCUGCGGGUGCACCACGAGCUUACUGUAGAAAGGCCAUCAAUGCUAAAAAGAAAGAGAGACUAGCUUCUAUGCAAUUGGAACAACUGAGCAUUGACAACUAUAAGGACCGAGUAAACACUCUUCUGUUGGUGUCCACCCUCGUCGCCACUGUAACUUUUGCAGCCGGUCUCACAAUGCCAGGUGGCUAUAACAACAACUCUGACCAUGAUCAGGGCAUGGCUACUAUGCUAAAACACAAAUGGUUUCACAUGUUCAUUUUCUGCGACACGAUAGCCAUGUAUAGCUCCAUCAUUGUUUCUGUUUCACUCAUCUGGGCUCAAUUAGGGGACCUCAAUUUGGUGCUCACUGCCUUCAGAUUGGCACUGCCACUACUUGGGAUCUCUCUCACCAUGAUGUCUUUAGCAUUCGUUGCUGGAGUGUAUGUUGUAGUGAGCGUUCUCAAUUGGCUCGCCCAUGCUGUUCUAAUCAUGGGCAUGGUUUUUCUUACCAUUCUGAUAGUUCUCUUCAUUCCACUAUGCAUCCCGGUUUCGUCAAAUUACCCUAUUUUACGCUACGUCUUCUACUAUCCAUUUUGUUUGCUGAUAUUUGUAACCAGAAGUUACACGCAAGAUGAUUUGGUAGAGUAUAAGUCACUUUGGUGGAUGCUAUGACAUCCAUAUUACAGGUUGUAACUCUUUCUAUUAGUAUUGUCGAUCUUUAUUUACUAUUUAGUAUUCCUUGCUUCAUUCUCUCUUUCAUUUUUGUUGCUGUUGUACUUGUACAUCAAUGUGAGAUACAAAUUUUAAU